UUUGGAUGUAUGCUAGGGGGCAGCAGUGAGCGCCGUGCUGCUGAUACGGAGCUCUGAGGGGAACAAAGGAGUGUGGAACCAAAUGAUGGAAUUUGCUUGAUCUCGUCAAAAUCCUGCAACAAGAUGUCAAAGCGGCCGUCUUACGCCCCGCCCCCUGCUCCAGCCCCCACUACACAAAUGCCCACCACCCCUGGGUUUGUGGGGUACAACCCAUACAGCCAUCUGGCCUACAACAACUACAGGCUGGGAGGAAACCCCGGCGGAAACAACAGGGUAAUGAACUCCUCAGGGAUUACGGUUCCCAAGCCGCCAAAACCCCCCGAUAAGCCUCUGAUGCCCUACAUGCGGUACAGCCGGAAGGUAAGCAGGAAGGUUUGGGACCAGGUUAAAGCCUCUAACCCUGAUUUGAAGCUAUGGGAGAUUGGGAAGAUCAUCGGGGGCAUGUGGAGGGACCUCACUGAUGAGGAAAAACAAGAUUACUUAAAUGAGUACGAAGCUGAGAAGAUCGAAUAUAACGACUCCCUGAAGGCAUACCACAACUCCCCGGCGUACCUAGCAUACGUAAAUGCUAAGAAUCGCGCCGAAGCGGCUCUGGAGGAGGAGAGCAGGCAGAGACAGUCUCGUCUGGACAAAGGAGAGCCUUACAUGAGCAUCCAGCCGGCUGAAGAUCCUGAUGAUUAUGAUGACGGGUUCUCUGUUAAGCACACUGCAGCAGCUCGAUUCCACAGGAACCACCGUCUGAUCAGCGAUAUCCUGAGUGAAGUGGUGGUGCCUGACGUGCGUUCGGUGGUCACUACGGCUCGCAUGCAAGUGCUCAAGCGCCAGGUUCAGUCCCUCAUGGUGCACCAGAGAAAACUGGAGGCGGAGCUGCUGCAGAUUGAGGACAGGCAUCAGGAGAAGAAAAGGCGGUUCCUCGAGUCUACAGAUUCCUUCAACAACGAGCUCAAACGGCUGUGCAGCCUGAAGGUGGAGGUGGACAUGGAAAAGCUUGCAGCGGAGAUGGCGGCUGCGGAAGAAGCUGCCAGGCGGAGGGCGGAGGAGAGGGAACGGGAGAGGGAGAAGGAAAGGGAGCGAGAGAAAGAGCGAGAAACUGAGGCAGAGAAGACGGAGAGAGCGACAGAGGAGGAUCAGCCGGGUGCAAGCGAACCAAACAGCAGUGAGCAGAACACCAGCACUGACAGCAAGGAGCAGGACAAACCUAGUCCGAUGGAGACGGACGAGGCUCGGGCUGACGUGUCUGAGGGCCAGCAGGAGUGUGAGGAGCGCACAGUUGAAAAGCCAGAGCAAGCAGAGAGCGGGUUAGAGGAGGGCGCAAGCGACAGCAAUCCUCCACUAGAGAGGGAAAACAGCACAGAGUCUGCACCCUCUGACUCCGCCCCAGAGGAGAGAGCCCCUGCCCCCCCACAGUAACUCAGCAAAGAUCACUCCUGCGCUGUUAUACAUCCUCUAAACCUCAGCAAGAACAAACGCUUUUAGAGGACACCACUAUGUUUUUGUUUUAAUUUCUUUAUUCUGUAGUAAUGCCCCCCUCCCCCCCACCCAGUUGUAAUACAUUCACUGCUUUGAUUUUCGUUAAUAAUAACAACGAGGUUAUGUGUAGACAUUCUGUCUCACUCUUUUUCAUGUGAGACACACAAUGGCAAUGUAUGCCUUUUAGCACUGCAAGUGCAAAGGGUUUAUAAUUUAUAUUCAGAAAGGAACAUGUGACCCAAGCUGACAGCAUCUUAGUUGUGUUGUUAGAAUUUCAAUUUAUUAUGGAAAAGUAAGAAAUCUCCUGUUUUUUUUUUUUUUUUUGCUGUUUUUUUGACAGGCUUUGUAAAAUCAUGGGAAAAACAGUUUGUAUUUUGCUCCCUCCAUGCUGACAUCCCAUCAAACAUCAAUUAACUGUAUUUAGACUGUGUUUAGGUAGCUUAAUUUCUUCCCCAUAUUUUUCCUGCUAUUUCUAUCUUCAGUUGAUCACAUGUCUUGGCAGGAUAUUGUCAUAAAGCGCAGGUGAGAUGAUCACCAAUCUUACUAGGUUGUUAGCAUACACAUUCUCGUGAAACGCAGCCGUUUUUUGUACUGUUACGAUGUAUUACCCAAUAAAGUGAUUUAUAUGUCUUA